AUGGCAGCGCGUAUCACCGAAAACGACCAAAUCCAAUUCCUGCUCUCAUGCGUCCGUCACUCCAACUAUGGACAGGUUGAUUUCGAUCCAGUAGUCGAAGAAUGCCAAAUCAUUAGCAAGGGCGCUGCCGCAAAACGGCUCAGUCGCCUCCUCAAACGAUACCCAGCAGGAGCCAAGUCCAGCACUACCUCAUCAAACACCACGAACUCAAAGACUCCCAAACCGGCUACCGGCGAGUCCAACGACGAAGAGGAGGAAAAGGACACAGCCGUCGGCCAGAAAAGCGGCCGUAGCGGCAAAGGCAAUGGUGGCGGCGGCGGUAGUCCUGCUAAGAAAUCCUCGGCUGGUCCAGUUGUCGGAGGCAUCGUCAAGAAAACUGCAAGUACAGCGACCAAGGGCAGAAAGGGGAAGGCUGCUGCCGUUUCUGCUGCUCCUGUUUCUGCUACCGAAACCCCGGGGUUUGGAGAAGAUGGGUUGCUCGAUGGGAUCAACGUCAAGACUGAGGAGGACUACGACGAUGGCAUGUACAAUGCAAGCCUUGAUCCAGCGGGGCUUUUUGGAAGUGACGCCUGA